UCUUUUCAGAUCUAGCGGCUGGCAUUAUUUUCUAAUUGAAAGUUAAAACAAUCUACAAUCUAGGUGCUUGGCUGAUGAAGCAUCUCUCCUGUUGCUUUAUUCUCUAAUGCACGGAAAUUCAUACUUUUUGGAGUAUAUUUUGGUGCGAACAGAUCUGGAUACACUGUUGAUGCCCAUGUUGGAAACUUUAUAUAAUGCUCCAAGAAGAACGCCCAAUCACAUAUAUAUGGUUCUGAUAGUCCUUCUUAUACUUAGCCAAGAUUCCUCUUUCAAUGCCAGCAUUCACAAACUGAUGCUUCCUAAUGUUCCAUGGUAUCAAGAACGUCGCCUUCAUCAAACUUCUCUUGGUUCCCUAAUGAUCAUAAUUUUGGUUAGGACUGUGAAAUAUAACCUCUCUAAACUGAGGGUGAGACUAGAUGCUAUGCUUCCAGCCUAUUUUUCUCUUUUUUUAGACAUUGUAGAGUUUAUCCUUUCAAAUAUCAUCUUGUUAGAUUAUGACAAUUCCUUAUCAUCUGGAGGUUGUCCUGAAAAUAUAAUCUCAUUGAACUCAAACUUUUUCUUUUCCUUUUCUAUGAGUUUAGAUGUCCAUAACACAAAGCAAGCAUAGACGAUAACUUGUAAUACAAUGGAAUAAUUAAUGUUUAGAAGUUAUAUGGUUAUAUAGUUCUUUGCCAUUUUUAUUGCAACAUGAUAUCUAUCUUCACACUAAUUGCCUGGCAACUUUGUCAAAUAUGGCACCAAAUGUUAACCGUCUGAGUGCAUAUGCAUCACAACAGUUGGUCAGCCUUUUUGACAUGCUUUCA